AUGGAAAUUUUGAAUAAAAUAUCCAAAGAAAAGCCAAGAAAUUUAUGGAAAAGGGUUGAUUUUAAUGAAUAUCAGAUUCAUGCAAUUUCUUCUAUUGAUUCUACUACCAAAUCGGAAGAGAUUGAUGAUAAAGUAGUUUAUAUGGAAGACUUAGAAAAAAGAAAAAAAGCAUAUGGUACAUGUGGAGAAUGUAAUGAACCUGGCACAGGAGAAAAUUGGUGUCAAUCUUGUAAUUCAAAAAGAUUUAAGGGAAAUUUUAAAAAUUGGACUAGUGGAAAUAAAGAUAUUGAUGAAAUAGUACAAUAUUCACAACUUAAUUCUUUACACUGUUUUAACUGUCUUGAAUGGAUAUCUUUUGAGAAAUUUCAAAAUGUUACCUAUAUUACCAGAGGAGGCUUUGGUAAAAUUUACUCAGGUGAAUGGUCUGAAGGAUAUAUUGAUUAUUGGGAUAUUGAAAAUCAAAAAUGGUACCGAAACGCAGGUCAAACAGUUGCAUUAAAAAGUUUGGAUAAUUCUUCUGAAAUUAGUGCUGAUUUUAUAAAUGAGAUCAAAUCUCAUCUUCAGAUUUAUUGUCAGGGUAUUGUUCUCUGCUUUGGAAUAACUCAAGAUCAAAAUACCAAAGAUUAUAUGAUGGUUUUAAAAUAUUGUGAAGAAGGAAAUUUAAGAAAUUACUAUUUAAAUAAUUACGAUGAUACUAUAAAACUUUAUAGAUUAUCAGCAAUUGCAAAUGGACUGUUAAGUAUCCAUAAUGCUGAAAAAGUCCAUAAAGACUUUCAUUCAGGCAAUAUAUUGUAUGGUGGUGCUAUGUUGAUAAGUGAUUUAGGAAUGUGUCAACCAGCAAAUAAUAAAGAGAAAUCAGAUAAAAAAGAAGGAGUUUAUGGAGUAUUACCUUAUAUGGCACCAGAAGUUUUACAUAAAAAAGAAGGAGUUUAUGGAGUAUUACCUUAUAUGGCACCAGAAGUUUUACGUGGAUGUCAAUAUACAAAAGCAGCUGAUAUUUAUUCAUUUGGAAUAAUUAUGAAUGAGUACCUUUCUGAAGAAAUUCCUUUUAGUGAUAUUCCUCAUGAUCAUAUUUUAGCUGUUAAAAUAUGUAAAGGACUUAGACCAAAAAUUUCUGAAGAUAUUCCAAAAUUUCUUGUAGAUUUAAUUAUGAAAUGUUGGGAUGCUAAAGCUGAAAAUAGACCAACUGCUAAAGAAUUGUAUCAAAUAUUAAAGAAAUAUUGGAAAACAAAUGAAAUUCGUUCUCAAAUGUGGGAAUAUGAUGAUAAAAUUAGAGAAAAAAAUUUAAAAAACAGAUCGAAUGACAAUAAGUCUGAAAGUAUUAAAACUCAUCCUCAAGCAAUCUAUACAAGUAGACUUUUAAAUUUUAAAAAUCUUCCUGAACCAGUAAAUUCAUCAGAUUUAUCAUUAUUUCAAGUUAAUUCAGAUGAUGUUCCAUCAGCAUCAGAAAAUCUAAAUCUCAAUGAAAUUAAUCAAGAUGAUGAUAAUUUGAUGAUGGUCUUAAAUCAUGUAUAUAUUAUGAAAUAUAUUAUUUAUUGGGAGGGUUUUUGUGUUAAAAAAGACACACCAACUUUGAUUAUAAACGUUAAAAGCGAAAUUCUUGGCAAAUAG